AUGAGCAUGGUAAAGAGCCUAGAGCGGCUGGAGCAGCGGCUGGCUGUGAUGGUGGCUGCCCAGGAGACUUCUCAGGCCUGGUCUUCACUGGGAGAGGAGGGGCCGGCAACCAUGAAAAAGGACAAGAGCCACGGCCGGGAUGAGGCAGACUGCAGGGCAGAGCUGAUCCUCAUCAAUGGGGAUUGCACCGACCCCGCUAAUGACACCCCUGCCCUUGUUCUGGAGGCGAAUGGAAAGCCCAGUGCUCCAGAUGCUGGGGGCCUGGGGCUGCCAUCCCUGAAGAACAAGAGGGUGAGCAAAGGAGAACUCUCCAAGGAUGACCUGUCCUGGCCACUCACUCUCACAGGGACACAGGAGGUGCGGCCCCGGGGCAGCGCCGGUUGGGAGAGCAGCCUCAGGCAGAAGCCCCCCGUCCGCCUCAUCUUCCAGGCAGGGCAGACCCGGCACGAGAUGAAAAUCAAGGAAACGAACAGCGUGGAGACUCUCAGGGAUCUGCCAGCUCCCCUGCGGAGCUCCAAGCGGCGCUCGGCCACGUCCAUCCCCGUCACCACCAUCGACCUGACAGAGGAGGACUCCCGGGACUCGUCCCGGAGCAGCAGCACGCUCUCCGGCAGCAGCUCCCAGGAGGGGCAGAAUGGAUCCGCCGAGAUGGGGGCCGAGGAGCCGGAGAGCAGAGAAGGAGGGAUGUCACUGGAGUACCAGGAUGGAAAGGAAUUUGGAAUUGGGGAGCUCGUCUGGGGAAAGAUCAAAGGUUUCUCCUGGUGGCCUGCAAUCGUCGUCUCCUACAGAGCCACGGCCAAGCGCCAGGCUGUCUCGGGCAUGCGGUGGGUGCAGUGGUUUGGAGAUGGGAAGUUCUCCGAGGUUUCUGCGGACAAGCUGGUGGGACUGAUGGCCUUUAGGCAGCAUUUCAAUUCUUCCACGUUUAAUAAGCUGGUUUCCUACCGACGAGCCAUAUACCAUGCCCUGGAGGUAACCGUGGAGCAGAGCCGGGUUUGGGUGGAUAAGGAGAUGGCCCUGGGACUCUUCGCUCCUCAUGGGGUCCCCCACAGCAGCCUUGUGAAAGGCCAGAGUAAAGCACCCUCAAAGCCAUUGCUCCUGGAAGCCAACGACCUGGCUGAGCCUCGAGCCAUGGAGAACGGGGCUCUAAGGAACGGGACGGAGGAGGUGAUCUCCCUCGAGCAGUGCCCCCCCACCAAGAGGCUGAAGACCAACCUCUGCAACAAUAGCAAGGAGCAGCGAGUGGAAGAGGACCAGACCCGAGAGCAAAUGGUUUCCGAAGUUACGAACAACAGUGGGAGUCUCGAAGACAGCUGUUUGUCCUGUGGGAGGAGAAACCCGGCCACCUUCCACCCGCUGUUCGAGGGGGGCCUCUGCCAGACGUGCAGGGAUAGAUUCCUGGAGCUCUUCUACAUGUACGAUGAAGACGGCUACCAGUCCUACUGCACUGUCUGCUGCGAAGGCAAGGAGCUGCUGCUCUGCAGCAACGCCAGCUGCUGCAGGUGCUUCUGUGUGGAGUGUCUGGAGGUGCUGGUGGGGCGAGGGACGUCGGCCAAGGCAAAAGAGCAGGAGCCCUGGAACUGCUACAUGUGCCAGCCCCAGAGGAGCUACGGGGUGCUGCAGCGCCGGCAGGACUGGAACACUCGCCUGCAGGACUUCUUCACCAGCGACAAGGGACAGGAAUAUGCUGCACCCAAAAUCUACCCGACAGUCCCACCAGCGAAGAGGAGACCUAUUCGAGUGCUCUCUUUAUUUGAUGGCAUAGCAACAGGGUACCUGGUGCUGAAGGACUUGGGCAUCCAAGUGGAGAAGUACAUUGCCUCAGAGAUCUGCGAAGACCCCAUCGCUGUGGGCACCAUGCAGCACGAGAGCAACAUCACCUAUGUGCACGAUGUCAGGAACAUAACCAAGAGAAACAUCGAGGAGUGGGGUCCCUUUGACCUGGUGAUCGGUGGAAGCCCCUGUAACGACCUCUCCCUUGUCAAUCCGGCCAGGAAGGGGCUGUAUGAAGGAACCGGGAGGCUGUUCUUCGAAUUUUACCACCUGCUCAACUAUGCCCGUCCCAAGGCGGGAGAGGAGCGCCCCUUCUUCUGGAUGUUCGAGAACGUGGUGGCCAUGAGGGUCAACGACAAGAGGGACAUUUCUCGGUUUCUGGAGUGUAACCCGGUUAUGAUCGAUGCUAUCAAGAUAUCAGCUGCCCACCGAGCACGCUAUUUCUGGGGCAACCUUCCGGGGAUGAACAGGAUCUUCGGCUUCCCCCUCCACUACACGGACGUCUCCAACAUCGGCCGCGGGGCUCGCCAGAAGCUGCUGGGAAGAUCGUGGAGCGUCCCCGUCAUCCGGCACCUCUUUUCCCCACUCAAGGAUUACUUUGCCUGUGAAUAG